CGAGGUAUUGCACUCAACGAUUUAUAUUCCUUAUUCAAUAUUAUAUAUUUGGACUCAGUGGAGCGCAGACCCAAGAGGAUGAUCAGCGACACGCGGCUAACAGCUAAGCUCCACUCCUUAGCACAUCGGCGGAAAAUCGCCAGUAUGUCGGUAUUCUACAGACUGGACUUUAGGGAGUGUGCCCGCGAUCUACACGAGCUCAUUCCACCAUCCCCCUUUUAUCUUCGGACUUCCAGACGUACGGCCGGGUUCCAUCCCUAUAUGGUGGAUACCCCAACUAUUCGCACAAAGAGCUUCGCAUCGUCCUUAUGCGCACUGCUAGGGAGUGGAAUUCUUUGCCAGCUUCUGUAUUUCCGAAUGCAUAUAACCUGGGUGCUUUCAAGGCCAGGCGCCUUCUGGGCCAGCUCGUUCCAUCUUAGGCCUCGUCACUGCCUUCGGGCAGGUCUGAGGCCAAGAGCAAACCCAUCCACAGAUGCAAAGGGAAAACCAUGAGUUGAAAAUGAAACUUGAAAAUAAUAAUUUUAAUGAUUUGUGACCAUGUUAUACCAGAAACUGAUUUGGAGAGAAAAAUCAUGGAAUCUUUCGAGGUGUUUGAUCAUUCCGGUAAACAAAAUGUAGAUGUUCGAGAAGUAGGAACUAUUCUACGAUCCUUGGGGUGUUGCCCCACCGAGGCGGAGGUACAGGAGGUGAUCCUGGCUACGGAGAACAAGGAAGCGACUGGCAACGUGCCCUUGAGCAACUUCCUGCCAUUCAUGGUCAAAGCAAUGACGGAACACAGAUACUACCCAGCGACCGCGGAGAUGCUGUUAGCGGCCUUCCGUUACUUCGACACAGAGGGCCGCGGCUACCUCACUAAAGAGAGGUUCACUCAGCUCAUGAUGGAAGAAGGAGAGCCUUUUACUCAGGACGAAUUCGACGAGAUGAUGCAAACAGCUCUGGACCCCGUCACAGACACCAUCACCUACGAAUACUACAUCAACCAGCUUAUGGUUGAAGACGACGUUAUCGAAAAUGCAGAGCCAUCGAAAUGAAGCGGUUAUUAAUUAAUAAAUUAUUAGUAAAACCAAAUGUACUCUGAAUGAUAUUCCAUAAUAAAGAAAUAAGCACAA